AUGGCUCAAUCCUCCCACCGGGACGAUUUCUUCCAAACCACAGCCGCCCUUGACGAGCAGAAGCGAAAGGACGAGAAAUCCCAAAACACCAAUGGCAAUCCUAUUCGGCUGCAGAGUAAGAUUCUCGCUGUUGCAGCCGACCCCCUGAGUGCUGGAUCUGUCUAUGUGGCUCAGAGUGGUGGUACAGUCAGGAAGGUCAUCCUCGAAACAGGUGAAACCGCAGCCGUCUUUAAGGGCCCGACCGCCCCCGUCACGAGUAUCUGUUUCAGCCCCAAUGGCCGUUUGCUGUUCGCGGGGUGCUGGGAUAAGACCGUCUGGAGCUGGGAUGUGACGUCGAAAGAACCGAGGCUGCGCUACGAGGGGCAUACCGACUUCGUGAGAUCCGUCGUCAGCACGAGGCUGCAUGACCAGGAUGUUCUCGUCUCUGGAGGCGCCGACGCGCAAAUUCUCGUUUUCGACAUCGCGACCGGCCAACGGCUCUCGGUGAUAAAAGGUCAUGCAAAGGGAAUCCAAGAUCUCAUUCUCGAUCCCAUUUCCGUCGCCUCCGAUACCUCCGAGUUGGUCGUAUUUAGUGCAGGCAGCGACCGAGAGAUUCGUCAUUUCGAUCUAUCGACUGGCAGCAAAGACCUUACUGGCACGGAUGCUCUUCUCGCCCAUGAUACCAACGUCUACAAGCUGUUCUUUGAUGCUGAUGCUGAUUUAUGGACCGCCUCAGCGGACAAAACAUCCAAGUGUCUUGUGAGAGAGGAUGCCUGGAAACCCAACUUGACACUAGCUCACCCAGAUUAUGUGCGAGACGUGGUGGUCCACGAACAAGGGGGCUGGGUGGUCACUGCGUGCCGCGAUGAGGAAGUUCGUGUGUGGAAUCGAUCUACCGGACAGCUCUACCAUACAUUCUCCGGCCACUACGAAGAGGUUACUGGGCUCGUGCUCCUCGGAUCAACUGUUGUCAGUGUUGGUAUAGAUGCCACUAUUCGCCAGUGGUCCUUGAAGCCCGACGAGUUGCAAAGCGCAGUCGAGAAGGCGAAGAAUACCACCGAGGAUGAGGAGCCGCAACAGAAUCCGGGGGCGAUGCUGACGGAGGAAGAGGAACGGGAGCUGGCGGAGCUGAUGGGAGAGGACUGA